AUGGCCGGCGGCACCACGACCAUCAUCGCUUUUGCGCCUCAGCAAAAGAGCGAGGACACCCUCCUUGAUACCUUAUCAGCUACUCAUGCGGAGGCUAAUAAGCAAUGCUACUCCGAUUACUCUUUCCAACUCCUGGUUUCCAAUCCUUCAUUUAAAGCACUGGACAAGUUCAAGAUCCUCCGCGAACAUGGCAUUUCAUCCCUAAAGAUCUACAUGACAUACGCUGCGCUCCAGCUCCAGGACGAUCAAAUCUUAGACGUAUUGCUCGGAGCUCGCCGACAGCGCAUCACGACGAUGAUCCACGCCGAGAACGGCCAAUACCUCUUCCUGACGAAGAGAGAUCUUGACAGGCCCGGUUUUGAGGGUGCGAAGUGCGUGUGCAGUCCGCCGCCGAGAGAAGGCAAACAAGACCACGAGGGCGUCUGGGAAGGUCUCAAGGACAAGAACGCUGUAAAUGGGAAGAAGACGGUCUUGAGCAAUGAGUUCCCGGUUGGCCACUUCAAGUGCAGCCCGAACGGUUGUCCCGGCGUGGAGACGCGUCUAGCGCUUGCUCUGUCUGCUGAGCGGCUAUCGCUGCAGAAGUUUGUCGAAGUGACAUCGGCUAAUGCUGCAAAGCUGUAUGAACUCUAUCCGCGGAAGGGCGCUUUGAUCCCAGGAGAGAGUGAUGCAGACCUUGUGAUCUGGUAUCCACCCGGUGUGCUUGGGGAGCUGCAGCUGAUGAACGAGAUGCUGCACCACAAUGUCGACUGCACACAGUAUGAGGGAAUGAAAGCAGGACAGUGGCCUAGGUAUACGAUGUUACGUGGAGAAGUGGUGUGGGAUCGAGAUGGAGGAGGCCUUGUAGGCAUAAAGGGGUACGGUCAAUUCUUGAGGAGAGAUGCAAGCUCCCUGGCUGGUAGCCCCUCGAAACAGGACUGGGACAUUACGGGGCAAUGA